AAGAAAAACAAAUUGAACCAUAACAAUUAUAUCAUGUUAAAAUAAAAACUAAAAAUUUAAGAGAUAUUUCUAAAAAUGGCCAAUUUUAAUAAUCGAGUUUCCCGAAAAUGGACAUUUGUGACAUUGGCCCUUCUUGCACCAAGCCACAGAUAUAUAUAUAUAUAGAAUAGCUAUAACUAUAGCCUACAAUCAAUGAUGAUAAAAGCAGCAAACAUUUUGAGUAGAGAUUUAGUGAUUCUAUCGUCGAAAACUAGUUUUAACUACAUUGCUACCCUCAGUUGCAUUGGAACAGUGUGUAAUAAAAUGGUAAUCAUAAAUCAUUUUUAUGACGGUGGCCGAGAUGGUAGUGGCCAAGGUGGACGUGGCCAAGGUGAACGUGGCCGAGGUGGUCGUAUGAAUGUAUUCAAAGGGACAUGUAACUAUUGUAAGAAUAGAGAUCACUUGGCCAAAACUUGCAAAAUAAAGAAACAGCAGCAAAAUCAACAACAACAACAACAGCAGCAGCAGCAGCAACAACAACAACAGCAGCAGCAACAACAAAAUCAACAACAACAGCUACAACAACAACCAACAGAAAAAUGCUGCAUAUUAUAA